UGCUGUUGCAGGGACCGUGCUACUGAAGAAGGGUUGAGGGAGGGGGAGAGAGGCGGGAGGGGGAGUCUGUGGCUUCUGUUUCAAUUACAGUGUCGUGCGUUCGUGCUGCGGGUCGGGGUCGGUGAGUGUUCUACUUCGUUGACGGUUUGACGAGUUUGAGGUGCUGAUGAUACCACCACUGGGAAAUUAUUGCGUUAAAAAUCAGCUGCCUAGUAAUUACAAAAAGUUAUAUGCUUUUUAAAAGCUUUCGAUAAAGUCUGGUUCAUUUUCGCUUGGGGCUGCAAAGCUGCAGUAAAUAUUUACCGAGCUUCUCUGGCAUGUGCAACACCAAUUUUUAAGUGGCGCUUGGAUUAAUUCAAUUGCUUUGUAAAAUGUCUCUAGUACUGAAUCUCUUAAGACAGCUGCUGGAAUAUUAUGGGGUGCCAGCGGAACUGCUUGUACAAAGGUGUGAAGUUUGUCUUAAUGGUUUUGCUCUUAUGAUUGCAUCCCAUCUUCCUUCAAAUACGUUUUCAGGAGCACGCUUCCUACAGUUAUGUGGCAUCUCAAGGAGUUGUGCGAUGUCCUGGGCGUGGGAAAGAAAAAAGUAUGGAUCUACUCGAAGUUUUGUUCGCAGAUUGGGGAAGUGUCUUUCGUUAACUCCUUGUCCAAGGCCUCGCUUUCAGGCAAUCCAGAGUUUGAAUUCUUUGACACCUGAGCAAAGUAGCACUAUUGGCUCUGUUACGCCUUCCCUUGCUGAUGUCUUGUGGGUGGCAGACGAUGACGGAGAACCAUAUGCUAGAUUUAGAUUUGAUGAACGGAGAGGGCUUGUGUCUGCUGCUUCAAAAGGAAGAAUGAAAAAAUCACUUAUUGUGAAUGAAGAUGCGUUCAAAAAAAUUUCUGCUCUUGAGAAUGAGUUAGCUCAUCUUCGUGCACAGAUUGCAGGAAUUGUGGCGAUACAUAGGCCAGGGAACGAUCAGUCAUGUUCAAGUACUGUGAAUUUAUCAAACAUACCUUUUAGUGCUCUCCCACAGCCAGAAAUGACUUCUACACCGGUUCCUAGCUCUCUUUGUAAUAUAGUUGUUCCACCACCACCACCACCACUACCUCCAUCUGAUUUUGAUUCCCGUAAGUCAGCAAUUGAGCUUAUUAAACAACGUCGGGCUGCAAGUAAGAUAACAAAAGUUACAGAUAGUGCUGGAUGGCAGAAUGCUAAAGCUGUUCCUAGUAUGAUGGAGGUUCUGAAGGAUAUAAAUAAGGUCAAACUAAGAGCAGUUGAAAGAUCACCAGGAGGUACACCUCUACCUAAAACAAAGAAAAUAACGCAAUCACGAUGGGAUCCCGCAGCUUUAAUAGCAGAAGCUCUAAAGGAGAAAUUUGCAUCACAGGGCAACGAUGAUAAUGAGUCAUUUGAUAAAGAGAACAGAUUCUAUGGUGCUUCUCCAUUUUCCAGUCCAGAUACCCCAGAGGUUGGCUGUCGCAUUUUGAAGCCAAGUAAGAAGCAGACACUUAUUAGAGCUAAUGAACUGAUGUAGGUAUUAGCUACAAAAACAGCGAUUUAUAUGCAUAUUCCAUAUACAUAUAUGUGUGUCUAUAUGUAUAUAUAUAUUCCAUGGUGUAAUGCUUCUGGACAAAAACUGCUAUCUGUAACAGCUGGAGCUACUUUUACUUUGGUUUCAUAGACAUCAAUACUUUCUGUGCUAUAAAGCAAUGGCCUAUAAAGUUAACUGUUUUUUUA